AUGGCCUAUAGUAAACCAGGAUCAAGACCAGUGACUUCCAGAGCUGCCUUUGUUUUAGAAUGUUUUGACCCAAGAAACAAGGUGGUGAGAGCCACUAAGCUGUGGUGGGUGACAGUUUGCUUCUGGCAGCUCUGGAGAAUAUUGAGUAGAAGGGGAAAAAACAUAGCAGAGGAACUACCUGGAGAAAUGGAGGCGGACUGCAUCUCAGAAUGUGAUGAAUCACUUGAUAUUUCUGUGGAAGAUGAAGAGGAGGAAGAGGAUGGGUCACAGGGUGAAGAAUUUAACAGCAGCAGUUUUAAAAAACAGAGCCAGAAUGAAGAGAUGGAAUCCAAGUUGUCUGAUGCCAUGGAGGUUGUUCAAAGUGAAGAAAGUAGCUUAACAUGGGAGACCAAUUCAAGUAGAUGUUCCACAUCCCAUGCCUCAGAAGCCAGCGUUACAUCUGGGGUAUACAGUAUGGAAAACUCAUACACAGAUUGUUCUUCAGGGAAAGUUACUUUCCUGAAGGAAAAGAGAAAGACUUCGCAGGAAAAGCUGAGCAAUUCAACCCAUCAGAUGUUAAAUGAGAAGAUGGAACCUGACAGCCAAGAAUGUGAUUUUACUCAGAUGUCAGUGCUGAAAAAAGCUGAAGAAAGUGAACUUGAUCCGUCUGAUCCACAAUCAUGGCCCUCUCAAGUACAGCCUUCUAAGAUUAAAGACUAUUUGGUUCAAGUCACAAAGGAAGUGACUGCUGGGUCAGAGGAUAAAGAAAAUAUUUUGAUGAAAAAGGGGGAGCUGCCUAUCAAAGGAACAGUAAGAGCCAGGAUCCUUCAAAUCACUGCUGUAUUGGAAGAAAGACAUAAAAAGGUUUUCCGAAGGAUAAACAAUAAAGAUAUGCCUCCACCCUCAGAGGUGAUCAGAAAGCCAAGAGAACCACCCAAAGUCUUCUCCAGACGAGGCAUAUCUGUAUCUUUACGGCACAUUGAACAAAACACUGCAGAGAAGAAUAAUAAGAAGGAAGUUCUGAGUUAUAAUCUCAGACAUGUAGAGACAAAAAGUUCAAAGUCUGCACUUUACAACAAAGAGGAGAGGAAACCACAGCAUUUGUUUCUCCCUACAACGCAAAAGAAGCCUUCAGAGAAGCUACCAAAAUUUUCAACACACCUUGGUGACAAAACAAAGAAGCCAGACACCAAACAAUAUUCACCUGCAAUUCAUACCUCACUUCCAGAACUGACUCAACCAGCUGAAUCUGAAAAAAUGAAAAAAAAGGCAAAACAGUCUGUUUCUCCAAAUACUUCAAAUACCGCACUGGAAAAAUCAUUCAACUUUGUUGGUGAAAAAAAAGAAAUUCAGGAUCAUACACCAAUGACUGUUGAAGUGUCUGAUUUAUUAAAAGAAGUAAGGUCACUGUCCGAGAAUCAAAUAACUCAGUCUUGUUCCCCAGUUCCUGUCGAACCACUUCCUUAUGUUGAAUCAGAAACAGAAAAUCAAUCUGACUCAGUUAGAACAGUGUUAUCAGAAGCUUCGAUUCAACAUGUACAGCACCCUCAUAAUAUUGCAACAAUUCACUGUGAACCUAAAAGUUGUAACUUAACUGAAGUUAAAACUCACUCUGUGGAAUCUACAAUUCCUUCAAGACUGGAGAUCAAAGAUCCAUCCUUAGGGCAGUCUGUUGAAGAAGCAGAGAAGCAAGAGGUUUCUCUUCAUUCAACUGACAUCACAGAUGCUAACCCUGAGAUGUCAAAAUUACCAUCAUUUGUUAGAAAAGCAGAAAAGCAAGAAAAAGAACAAUUAUCAGAGAAAUCUUCAGACAAAGAAAGGAUGCCGGAGCAAUUUACUGUGCUUUUACAAACAAAAUCAGACCAGCUACCCUUAUUGUCUUCGGUUCAGGAGUCUGAAUCUGCAUCAGAUUUAGCAGUUAUGAAUGCUGAACCUGAAGUGAUUGAUUUAGCUGAAAUUACAAAUCAAACUAUGGACUCUACAAUUCCUUCUGGAAUGGAAGUCAGUGAUACAUCCUUGGAGUUUUCAGUUGAAGAGACAGAGAAACAAGGGGUUCCUUUUUAUUCAACUGAAACCAAAGACACCAUCCCUGAGAAGGCAAGAUUACCAUCUUCUGUUAACGAAGAAGAAAACCAAGAACAGUUGGCAGGGAAAUAUUCAGAAAAAGAGCAGUUAGAGGACAAAAUAACUGCACCUUUUGAAACAAAGUUAAAUCAGCUACCCUUGUUUGGGUGUUUGGACCACAAGUCUGAAGCUCAUGAAACUGAACCUGCAUCUCAUUUAGCAACAAGGCAUAGUGAAUCUGAAACAUCUGAUUUCGCUGAAGUUAAAAAUCAAGCUAUGGACUCUGCAAUUCAUUCAGAAAUGGAAAUCAACUUAGAGCAUUCAGUUGAAGAAGCAGAGAAGGAAGCAAUUAUUCUUUAUUCAAAAGAACUCAAAGAUAAAAAAGCAAGGUUACCAUCUUCUGUUAAAGAAAGAGAAAAGCAUGAAGAACAGCUGGCAGGGCAAUAUUCAGAAAAAGAAAGAUUACAGGACAAAUUAACUGCAUCUUUUGAAACAAAGUCAGAUCAGCUACUUUUGUUUGGUUGUCAAGACAAUAAAUCUGAAGAUCAUGAAACUGAACCUGUAUCUGAUUUAGCAGCUAUAGGUGGUGAGCCUGAAGUGUUGGACAUAUUUGACAUUAGAAAUCAAGCUAUGGAAUUCAAAAUUUCUUCACAAGUGGAAGUCGAAGGUGAGCCCUUGGAGCAUUCUACUGGAGAAGCUGAGAAGCAAGAAGUUCCUCCUUAUUCAAUUAAAACCAAAAAUGCCAUCUCUGAAAAGGCAAGAUUACCAUCUUCUGUUAAAGAAAGAGAAAAGCAAGAAGAAGAACAGCUGGCAGGGCAAUAUUCAGAAAAAGAAAGGUUACAGGACAAAUUAACUGCACCUUUCGAAACAAAGGCAGACCUGCUACCCUGUGGUGCUGAUGACCAUAAAUCUGAAGCUCACGAAACUGAAUCUGAAUCUCAUUCAGCAGCACCUGAAGUGUCUGACUUAGCUGAAAUUAGAACUCAAACUAUGGAAUCCACAUUUCCUCCUGAACUGGAAGUCAAAGGUACGCCCUUAGAGCAUUCUUUUGGAGCAGAGUUUUCUUUUUAUUCAGCUGAAACCAAAAGUGCCAUCCCUGAAAAAUCAAAAUUGCCAUCUUCUGCUAAAGAAGCAGAAAAGGAAGAAAAAGAACAGCUGGCGGAGGAAUAUAAAGAAAAGGAACAGUUACAAAAUAAAUUAACUACACCUUUUGAAAGAAAGUCAGAAGAGUUGCCUGUGUUUGAGUGUUUGGAACACAAAUCCAAAGUUCAUGAAUCUGAACCCAUAUUUGAUUUAGCAGCUAUGUGUGGUGAAUCUGAAGUGUGCGAUUUAGCUGAAAUUAGAAAUCAAACUAUGGAAUCCACAGUUCCUUCAGAAAUGGAAGUCAACAGUACACCCUUGGAGCAUUCUGUUGGAGAAACAGAAAGGCAGACAGUCCCUCUUUAUUUAACUGAAACCAAAGAGGCCAUCCCUGAAAAAGCAAGAUUUCCAUAUUCUAUUAGAGAGGGAGAAGAGCAAGAAAUAGAACAGUUGUCAGACAAAACAAAGGUGGAGGAUCAAUUCACUGUCCUUUUCCAAAGAAAGUCAGGCUCUCUUCCCUUGGUCCACAAAUCAGAAGGUGAAGAAACUGAACUUGCACCAGAUCUAACUUCUACAACACAGGAAAUCUGUAACACCAUGGAAGAACCCACCGGACUUUCAAAGUCCUCUUAUACUAUGGUUAAAGAAGAAGCCGGAAAAGAAGGAAAAUUGAAAUCAGACUUGCCAAGUCAAGCUGCUCAGACUCAGCCAUCUCUGACCACUGUCUCAGAAGGAAAACAUCUAAGAGACAAAACAGAGACUCAGCUUGCCUCAACAGAAUCUUUGUGCCCAGAUUCCACACUCUUGGUUCCAAAUGCACAGGAGGAAAAGGCUCAACAUCAAGAGUCAGAUGCAGAACAUCUUGUCAUCUCCAAAUCCAUAAAGGCACCACAUGGACCUGAAGAGAUAUCACUUCUCCAUGACAAAGUUACUGAGCCAGUCAGCUCAUCAGAACACUUGCUAUCUACUCCAUCUUUUCUUAUUGCCAGUCUGGAAAUGCAUGGGACACAGCCACCUCCACUAAAGACUACAGCACCAUUGUUUGAACAGCCAGACUCUAAUAUACCCUGCCUGACUCAGCAAAUGGAAAGACACAACAAUCAGUCUGAUUCCACUGAAUUAACUCCUGUGAUAGCAGAGGCGUCUUUUUCUACUGGGUCUUUCCAAAAUGCUGAAACAACAAAAGAAGAAAACCCGUCUUUGUCAUCCACAGAGGUUCUAGCCAAAGAAUUAGUAUCUAAACCAAAGGAGCCAGAAACGGGCACGGAUAAAAAAACAGGGCGACUUUCCCCCACUGUAUCUGCACAACAUCCAGGUCACGCACCUGUUCAAAUGCAAGAAUUGAAUUUAGAAAAUCAGCUGCACCCCACUAUAAACGCACAGUCAGAUGUUGAGAAACAGGCUAAAUCCUCUUGUGAAAUAAGUGAAGAUCAGCCGAAACAACCAUUGGAAUCGAGAGAGCAUUUUAUGCAGCAGAAUUCUACUGUUUCAUCCCAGUUGGAAGGAACAACUGCUUUGCAUGCUGUCAAUGAAAUGCAUAAGGAAAUUAUGCAACCUGAUAAACCUAUCAUCAAGCCAUUGCAACCUGAUUCAUUACAUCCGGGUUUUGAGCCACCACAGACAGAUGCUGUUCAGCAGCAAACUCUUCGUCAUUUAUCACAAACACUUCUACCCAUAGAUGUGGAUACAUUGCAGUUAGGAGAAGAAAAAGAGGUAAAUGGGACCCAGCCUCCUUUGCCCGCAACUAAGCAGGCUUUAUCACAGUCAGUUUAUUCAAGAGAUGUGCAAGAAAAUCAAAGUAUUUCACUAACUUCAGCCAAAGAUUCUGAACUUUUAAGCUUGCAACUCAAUAAAGGUGAUGCAGACCACUAUGGCACUGCUGAUCCAGAAUCAAAGCACCUGGCAAAACAUGCUGUUGAACCUAUAACUCUGCAACCAGAGACUCCUUCCACAAAUGAGAUGCAGUUCAUGCCUGAAUUGAGAAAACAUUUAGAUGCAUCUGUUCCCAUUUCAAGCACAGAAGGAGAAGGCCUUCAAAUGCCUGUAUCUGUGACAGCAGAAUCAGAAGAUGAACAGCCAAUAUCUUCUAAAAAAGAUAGGGAAGAAACGGAAUGUAGUGCACCCAUAAUUCCAACAUCCAAAUUAAAAGGUUCUGCUUCAGAAACACAGGGAAAUCAAAAUGAUUUGUCUAAGACAUUAAAUGAGGCAUCUGGAUCACCACCAUUAAUUUUAUCAUCUGUCCCUGAUAAAAUAAAGCCCCAGGCAAUACUUACUGAGUCAGUAGUAAGUUCACUACCAGCCUCACAACAAUCAAAUGCUAUUUCUUCAGAACUUAUGGACAAAAUUGAAAUAGGAAAAAAUAAUUUCCCUUUCCCCGACUCUCAAGAUGUAUUGUCAGAUUUACCAUUCCUUACAACUUCCUCUAUAGAGGAGGUCAGCAAAGAACCACUGGCCACAAAAACUGUGUCUGAGGAAACCAGAUCUACUCUACAUGAUGCUACAUCUGAAGAAAUAAAUGAAUACUCUCCUGUUUCAGCAGCAUUGUCUGCAGAACAUGUUUUUGUUGAACCUAUUUCAUCUUGUGCUUCUCCUGAAAAAGAGAAACAAGUGCAGCCUCAUUCAAUUUUCAGUGAAGAAGAACCAAUGGAUGUGGCUGUUAGGAAAGCAAAUGUGGAAGAUGCUCAGUCUCAUUUGCUUGUUACUCCAUGUUCUGAAACUGAGAGGCAGGAUAGCAAGCUAUAUAGUCCUGUGGCAUUGCAGUCAGAGCUGGAAGGUCUCACUUUAUUGAAUUCCACUGAAGAAAAACCCAAGCAAGAAACUUCCACCUUGCCUCAAGGAAUAUUAUAUUGCCAUGAAGAAAAAGAAGACCAAAAACGAAGAACUUCUCAGACUGAAUGUUCAAAAGACCAGGAUGCUCCAUUAAAAGACAACAAUUUAUUCCAACCAGUAAAAGAAUCACAGUUGGAAAAAAUUCAGCUUUAUUGUUCUGCAACUCUUCAAGAUUCAUCCCAGUUGGCCGAUAUGAAUCUCCAAGAACAAGAGGGUUAUCUGCCUAAAACUGACGAGGUAGAUUCUGCUGUUCCUGUAUUAUCACAGUUGAUGGAUGAUGCAAAAAAGCAAGAAAUGCAGAUAACAUGGUCUGAAGCUGCUCAAAUAGAAGGUAAGCAAUCGGUUUUGUUAAAAAAUGAAAUUAAACCAGACUUGCAUCCAUCAUUCACUGCCUCCCUGGAUACAAAACAACCAGAAUUCUAUUCAUUUGAGGAACAAAAUCAGACUUCUGAACAAGAACCACUCAUUUCAUCUCUUUUCAAUAAGAAAGUGAAAGAGCCAGAAGAGAAUUCAUAUCCAUCUUUAGUCUCAACAUCUUUAUUGAGCCCAUCCAAUUCUGCUACAUUGGAUUCAGAUAAGAAACAAGAAGAUCAGCCUUGCAUGAUUGUAAUAACAAAGGAGAUGCCAGAAGAACCCAUGUCUAUAGCUGCAUUCCUUCUUUCUGAGGCAAGGACAAUAGAAACGUUUUCCCCACAGAUCUCAGAAAAAGAGAAUUUAGAUACUCAAGCUCCUUUUGGGGAUGCUGACUCAAUAAAUGGUUCAACUGUCCUUCCUGAGAAAAAUGCAACAGCAGAGAAGAAAACUGAGUUUUCUCCUACACACUUUGAAUCAGAACCCCAGGUAGACAGAAUCAUUAGUACAGAACAUCUUUCAAAAGCAGAAGAAACAAAACAUUUGCCUGCCAUGGAGGAUACUUUGAAAGUGCCUGAAAACUAUUUGAGUAAAGAGAAGGAAUUCAAAGAUCAAGAAAAACUGAGAGAAGAAGCCUUACCAGCUCCUAAUCUUGAUCAAAGAAAAGACAUAAUUAAUAUUUCUGAAAGUUGUGAAGUUCUGAAAACUAAUAUUCCUCUCAUUUCCACUGUUGAUAGAAAAAAGAUUAUACUAGAGGCAGUAGAAACCAUUUCAUUGUUGGAAACAAAAGCAUUUAAUGAUACUAGAGAUGUGGUUGUUGAUAAGGAAUCUUCAGUGGACAAACCAAAUAAACAAUAUACAGAGGUCUUAAAGGUAGAUCACCAUGAAAUGACAGAAAAUGAAUCAAAGGAACUUGGAAAAGGGAAGGGUAUUAAGGAAAGCACAGAAGUUGAAGAGGUUUCUGUUAUUCGAGAGAGCAAAGAUGAUAAUAUUUUUAAUAAUGCCAAUAUUGAUUAUGUUGAAAAGGAUACUUUGAUUGAAAAUACAUCUUUCACUCAAACAGAAAAAGAAAAGACUAUUCAGGACACAGAGAGACCAUUUGAUGAUAUAGGUAAACGAUAUGUUGAAGCAACAUAUCCAGCAGCAAAAUCAAAGAAUAUUUUGGAGCUGUCUUUAUUAGAAAGAGAAUUGAAUGAAGCCCCUAAUGGAAUGAUAGAAAAACAACAUGCAGUAGCUACCCAUCAAGACAUUUCAAAAACAGCAAAUGAAAAUAAAACGAUUGAAGCUGUUAGGGAUGAUGAUAAAAGCUUAGAGCAUGAGUUUAAUUUAGCAAACACUAAUGCAGUCUUAUUUAAUACUGAGAAAGAUGAUUUGCCUCAGCCUCCAACUGCUUCCUUGCCAAUGAGUGUAGUAGACUCUGAGGUUCUAGAGAUGUCACCUGCCUUGGCAUUUUUAUGUAAAGAUUUCUCUGAAGAAGCAGAGGGUGAUUCUAAAAAAGAUAGCCACAAAAGUAAAGAAGUGAAGGGUAUUGAUCUGCCUUUUCAUAUCAGAGAUCAUAUUCCAGAUGAUGGGAUUGAAACACAUCUGGAGAAGGAAAUUCCUAGAGAUUACACUCCAAAUAAUGUGGAAGAAUCCAAGAAUGAAGACAUUUUAAAUGGUCAGUCUUUUAAAGAGGAAACUUUAACCCAACCAAAAGUUACAGAAGAUGCUUACGAACCAAAUGGAAAAAAGAAUGAGUCUGCAGAUAUUCAACCUGAUCUAUCUGCCCAAGUGGAGGAAUGUCUGAGUGAUACACUUACAAAUGGGGUAACUGAGAUUGCGAGUGAUGUAAAAAUUAGGAUUUGUCAGCCAACACAUGCAAUUCCUUUUGGAAGAGAGUUCUGUAGCUCAGGAGCUAGCAAUGAUGACAGUAGUCAGAGAAGAGAAGAAGAAUCCUUAUCUGAGGACACAGAACAGCAGCUACCAGAAGAAACAAGUGAUGAGGAGUCUAGUCCAAUACUUGAUUAUGCCGCAACUAUAUAUCAGACUGAAUCAUCUGGGCAAGAUGGAUCAAAGAAUGAUGCUGGAUAUGCAGUCAUCCAAAACCAACAGUCUGAAAUAAAAGAAGUUCAUGGAAUGGAUGAAGGUGAAGUUGUAAAGACUGCAGAAAAAAAUGCACAGUCUCUUGAAGGAUUAGGUCAGGCUGAGAGGCAAGGUGAAAGACAACUAGAAGAUACAUAUGUUUUAGUUGAGCCCCCAAUACAAGAUACAAAGGUUUUAGAUCACAAAGAUCUUCCAUGUUUGGACACUGAAGUGCAAAAAACUGAGAACAGAAUUGGAGAAAAUGGUGCCCAGCAUGUAAUGCAGUAUGACACAACAGACCAGUUAGCAGCAGGGGUAAAAUCUGAAAAUCAAUUUGGGGAAGUUGACUAUUCUCUUUUGUCACAUGAUUUUGAUACCUACCCAUUAUACUCAAUAAAAGAGGAGGAGGACAGUGACAUUGAUGAAGAUCUAGCUGAGCUCUUAAACUAUGAGGUGGUUACCCACGAUGAUGUCUUUCAGGAAGAAAUCUCUUCAGAAAUAGCUCAUGAAGAAUUUCUUUUUGAUGAUAAAGAAUCCCUAGCUGGCAUUAGUGAUACUUAUGAAUUUGUGAAUGAAGGAGAGGCAAGAAUGUAUGCUGAAGAAAAGGCGGCUGAAUCGCUUGAUCUUGAAAUGCUACAAAGAAAUGUACCAGAAUAUGAAUUUCUACAGAAAGAAAUUGAUGAAGCACAUUUGGAUACAUACUGCUAUGAGUGCGAAUGUCCCAUAUCCUCUGAGGAUAAGCUGUUUGAGGAGCAUAAAGACCAUAAGGUAGCCGAUUUGGGUACAGCUGUGACUGUGUUAAAGGGCCAGUUGAAUGGAUUCCUAGAUGUUUUGCAACAAAGAUCUUUGAAAAUUGAAGGAUGUGUCAGUGAAAUAGAGGCUUUGUUUAACACUCUAGAGGACAACUGUAAGGAAAAGGAGAAGUUAUUAGAAGAGCAAAAUGAAAACGUGGUAAAGAUGGUAUUUGGUCACCACGAAAGAAAGUCACAGAAUUUUGACAAAGCAAGGAACACAAAAAUGGAAUAUCUUUAUGACCAGAUGGUUAAUUUUCAAGACUAUAUUGAUACAGCAAAGGAGACACUAGAAAUGAUAAUAAAGAAAACUGAGGAAAUUGAUGAUUUUGCUUUCCUAAAGUCAUCUGAAGAAAUAAAUAAAAGGUUACUUUCUAUUGUGGAAAAUAUUGUGACUUUGGAAAAGAUGCCUGCUGCUUUCUCACAGUUUGAACCUUGUGCGGGUGGCUUUACAAAUAGCGAUAGGACUUUACAACUCAUACCUGUCCCACAUACUCCAAAAUUACAGCCUCAGGAUCCAAACUCAGCUACAAGCACAUCGAUUGCUGUCUAUUGGACUGUGAAUGAAGACAAUCUUGUUGAUUUCUUCCAAGUUUACUGUAUGGAGGAAUCCCUGGGAAGCAAAGAGCAAAGUGGCUUCGUUGAAGAAUAUCGUGUCAUUGUAAAAGAGAGUAACUGCAUUUUGGAGGAUCUGGAACCUGGUCACUGCUACAGCGUAUGGGUUAUGGCCAUAAAUUAUGCGGGAUGUAGUUUUCCCAGUGAUAAAUCCAUAUUUAGAACUGCUCCUCCAACUCCUGAAAUAAAGUCAGAAGACUGCACCAUCUGCUGGGACACCGCCACUAUUCGAUGGAGCACUAGCAACCUGAAAGCAACAGAUUCCUUCACCCUUGAGUACUGCAGACAAUAUUCCCCUGAAGGAGAAGGCCUCAGAUCUCUAGCUGGAAUUCGACAGCCUGAAAUAAAGGUUCAUCUACAAUCAAACAUAAACUAUUUCUUCUAUUUGAGAGCCGUUAAUACCUUUGGAACAAGUGAACAGAGUGAAGCUGCUCUGAUUUCAACUAAAGGAACAAGAUUUCAUAUAAUGAGAGAACUUGUUCACCCUGGACUGCAAGUAUCACCCAAUGGAACCAUGAUAUCCCUUCCGGAUGAUGCUAAUCUCACUGGAAGCCGACCAGUGUUUGGUGAGCUCUUGUCUGCCCAAGGAUGGCAUUACUGGGAAAUCACCGUCAGUGAUUGUAGAGCUUACAAGGUUGGAAUCUGCUCUUCAACGCACCUAGAAAGUAGUGACCUGGGACAGAACAACAAUUCGUGGUGCUUACAUUGCUCCAACAAAGCAAGUCCUGCAUAUAAAGUUCUGCAGAAUGGGGAGAUGAGUGAAAUUAUUGUGACUGAACAGCCUGCCCGGAUUGGCAUCCUGCUAGACUACAAUACUGGAAGACUCCUGUUUCUCAAUGCAGAAAGAGGGCAGUUGCUGUCUGCUAUCAAGUACAAAUUCACCAAAGCAGCUUAUCCUACUUUUGUACUGGAACAAUCAGGGUUUCUCAACCUGCAUACAGGCAUGGAACUACCAGAAUUUGCAAAGCAAAGCUAAACAUUCUCUUCUGAAUAAUACACAAAAGAAAAGAAAAGAAAAAGAAGACCUGAGAUGGAUUUUUUUCUUUUAUAUUCAAUGGCCAUGAUUCAGAGAAGCACUCAGAGUGUUUGGUGGCCUCUGUAAGUUUUCCCUUCUAUUCAGAAACACUACACACACAAACAAACAAACAGAAACUCAGAAAUGGUGGGGAAGUUUCAAGAGUAGAUCAAAGAAUCUCCCCUUAGAAAAAAAACAACAACCAAGAAGCUCACAGAGUACACAUAAUCCAUCCACAGGCCUGUAAGGUAUUUGGACGUUGCCCAAAUUCUUUCCCCCAGUUAUUUCUAUUCACUGGAAUCAUGUGCUCAAAUGCUCGCAGAGAAAUCCUAAAUAGAAUCUUCACCACUUAGCUAUUUUUCAUGCACGAUGUUGAAAGUAUCAAAUUACUUUCUGGAGGAAAAAUGUUUAUGUUACUGUAUUAAUAUUAAUGAUAUAUUAAAAUAAUGCAUUGAAAAUUAAAUAUUAAUAUUAAUUAAUAGCCAAAAAUGUGAUAUGCUCAUGCAACACCUAUUGGUUGAAGGAUACUAGAAGCUUCUUUUCCAUUAGUUCCUUGGUUUCAGGUCCAACACAAGUGGAAAGACCAAGCAAGCAAGAACAUACAGAUUUCAGGAAGGUAUCUUUAAUGCUAAUCAGAAGUAAACAGGGAAUUUUGGAAAUGCAAAUAAGAACUUUCCAUCUUCAUUAACAGUGCAUUAAAACCAGUCAAGCUUCUCUGAGAAAUUUGAAAUGCACCUUUUCAAAUUUCUCUCCGCUUGUGCAUAGUGGAUUUAUGUGAUUUUUAUUUAUUUAUGUAUAGCUGCCCAUGAGCAGCAUGGCGGUCUAGAGGUGGAGCUCUCACCUCACAAUCAAGAGGUUGUGAGCUGGGUCCUAGGCAGCGGUACAUAUUUCUCUGAGUACAAUGAGUAAUUGUCUGCAAACUUUGUGUAGGUGUCAGGAAGGGCAUCCAGCCAGUAAACGCUCAAACUCCAUUCAGUUGCUUCAUCUCCAUUCCAAUGCAAGGAAUUACACUCAUCCACUGUCUCUUCAUUGUUUAUAUCUAUAUAUCUAUCUUUAAAUCUAUUUAUAUCUAUCUUUAAAUCUAUAUGGUUGUUAAGAGUCAGCAAUGAAUUGAUCACACAUCAUUAUCAUCUCCAUCUUCAUCUCAUCCAUUCUUUCUUCAGCCUCCCCACAGUCUCUCACACUUGAAAACGAGUAGCACACUUAACAGGAACCCAAGCGCAGAGUUGGCUCUACUUUGGAGCAGAGUGAAGCAAUUGAAGGGCAGGCAGGCAGCAGUGACAACUUCUCAACUACUCGUUCCUUUUCUCUGGGAAAGUACAGCUGUAUGUGCCAUGCAGCCUAUUCUGGGCCUCCUAAACUACUUUCCAGACAUGUUUAUUUGAGUCUGGCAGCUAAUCUAUUAUACAUCUGUGCUUUUUAAAACAUUCUUAGCAUAUACAAUUAACAAAACAACAUUUAAAGUAAAAAAAAAAAACACUUAGAAACCAAAAGAAAAGGGGAAAAAAAUCUUCCAACUCUACAUUUUGCCUUUUUAAUUUUUUUGCUAAAACGCUAGAUUUAAAUGCUUUGGGGAUGUCAGAUGUUUCCUAGGUACAACAUAGCUUAUCCUCUUUAAUCCUUGGAGCCUGAGCUGGAAAAAAUAAUGGCUGUCUAUCAAAGAUAAACACUAAUUUCCACUGUCAAAUAAGAACAGAACCAGAAUUCCACUCCUUUAAAUGGUACUGAUAUCCAAAAUCAUGUGCACUGGUUUUUGUCCCAGGAAAAAAAAAGAGAGAGAGAGGUUGGCUCAAUGCCAGCUUCACCCCCUGGGGUAUGAAUGAUGUUCUUGCAAAUGUAGAGACCAGAGCUUUUCAUUUUCUUUACAGCAACCCUUCCUUGACUCCUGCAAUUCUUGACAGGUCCCUGCAGCUGCUAUUUAAAACAGAAACAAAAUGGGCACAUUAAAUAAAUCCAUGCUUUUUAUAUAACACCAUUUGGCCUGCUCAGAGCUUUGGGAUUUGGAGCAGAAGAUUUUGGAACUUCAAAUCCUAAAUGGGUCCCUAACACACACACACACACACACACGACAACCAUUGAAUAAGUCUUUUCAGUGCUGAUAAAGUGAUGUCUUCUGUUUCUAUGUUCCAAAUUCCCAUUUUCAAAAAGCUGCCCAAACAACAGCAGACAGGAUGGUAAUGCAGAUUAAAAAAAAAAAAAAACAUAGGCAGGAUUUCAACUGGACCACCACGGCCAUCUUGAAUUUUGAAUAUUUUUAUUUCUAUCUAACCUUUGCAAAAUGUUCAGGAGUCAAAGAAGACAAAUGCAGGUAAAGGUGGCUUCAAGAAAACUGCCUGCAAUUAAUUGGGGAAAUCCUGCAAAGCAGGGCAGCACUUCUUUUAAUGAAGUGCAUCGAUUUCAUGUUUAUCAGGCUGCGAAAAUCUUUGUCAGUUUAAAAGUAAGCCUAUCCCUCAGCGACUAAGCUAAGAAUUUAUUGUAAUUAUUU